AUGAUGCGGGUCGGCAAGCGUAUCAGUGGUCCUGAGCAACUCAAAGAAGCCGCCAGUGGUUCGGCAAGGAUUAGAGGCGACACCUUGGGCAUAAUAGGAUUUGGACGUGUUGGAACAGCUGUUGCACUUCGAGCUCAGGCAUUUGGUUUUCGUGUCGUGUUCUACGACCCAUACCUUCCCGAUGGCAUCGAAAAAUCUCUUGGAAUCGAUCGAGUCUACACCAUACAGGAUCUUUUAUUCCAAAGUGAUUGUGUUACCUUGCAUUGCUCUCUAAACGAGCACAAUAGGAGGAUCAUCAACGAAAACACAAUUAAACUUAUGCGACCUGGUAUGUUAUUGACCUCACUACUUGGAUAUUGUCCAUACCUACACAUGCUUUCAUCCCAUCUUUUUUGGCGUCACCCAUUUCCCCUUUAUUUAUUAUGA